CCUGGCCACGCCUAGACUGUCCAAUGGCUCUCCUUGUGGAUGGGAACUACACUGUGGUGACACAGUUCAUUUUACUUGGCUUAACAAACAACCCAGUCCUUCGAGUCAUCCUCUUCAUCAUCAUCCUGUGCAUCUACCUAGUAACAGUGUCUGGAAACCUCAGCACAAUCCUUCUAAUAAGAGUCUCCCCUCAGCUCCAUCACCCCAUGUACUUUUUUCUGAGUCACUUGGCUUUUGCUGAUGUAGGCUAUUCCUCUUCUGUCACACCCAAUAUGCUAGUUAACUUUCUAGUGGAAAGAAAUACCAUCUCCUACCUUGGGUGUACCAUCCAGCUUGGUUCAGUUGUUUUCUUUGGAUCAACUGAAUGCUUCAUUCUGGCUGCCAUGGCUUAUGAUCGCUUCAUGGCAAUCUGUAAUCCACUGCUUUAUUCAACAAAAAUGUCCGCACAAGUCUGUGCCCAGUUACUCCUAGGUGCUUACAUAGGUGGUUUUCUCAACACGUGUUCUUUUACUGCAUGCUUCUAUUCUUUAGUCUUCUGUGGACCAAACAGAGUCAAUCAUUUCUUCUGUGACUUUGCUCCAUUAGUAGAACUGUCCUGUUCCGAUGUCAGUGUCCCUGCAGUUGUUCCAUCAUUUACUGCUGGCUCCAUCAUCGUGGUGACAAUAUUUGUCAUAGCUGUCUCCUACAUCUACAUCCUCAUCACCAUCCUGAAGAUGCGCUCCACUGAGGGCCGACACAAGGCCUUCUCCACCUGCACCUCCCACCUCACUGCAGUCACUCUGUUUUAUGGAACCAUCACAUUCAUUUAUGUGAUGCCUAAGUCCAGCUACUCCACUGACCAGAACAAAGUGGUGUCUGUGUUUUACAUGGUGGUGAUCCCCAUGCUGAACCCCCUCAUCUACAGUCUCAGGAAUAAUGAAAUUAAGGGAGCUCUGAAGAGACAGAUAGGUAGGAAAAUAUUUUCUUAAUGAUGUCUGUUAUUUUUCAGGACUUGUUACAGUAAUAAUUCAUAUAAACU